AAAGAAAUCCAGUCACACCUUCGCCUCCAAAGCACAGCGACACGACGAAAAGAAGCAGAAAGUGGAGAGCUAUGGUACUACUCCAUUGCUGCCGCAGCGCAACCUCCUUCCAUUCCCUCAAAACUUUCUCCAGAACUUUUUCCAAAACCCUAACAUUUCGUCUAACGCCUUACUAUUCAAGGCCUCUGCUCCCUCUCGUCGUUAGACCCCUUUCUGUCUCCGCCGUCCAAACUGCCGGCGCAGCCACUACCUCCGCCACAGACGAUAGUAAAGUGGUGAAGCCUCAAUGGAAAGCAGCAAUAGAUUUCAAGUGGAUAAGGGAUAAUAAGGAGGCAGUUGCGGAUAAUAUUGAGAAUAGGAAAUCCAGUGCUAAUCUGGAGCUUGUGCUGGAGCUUUAUGACAAGUUGCUCAAUGUUCAGAAGGAAGUGGAAAGGCUACGAGCUGAGAGAAAUGUAGUUGCUAACAAGAUGAAAGGAAAGCUGGAACCCUCAGAGCGCCAGAAGCUCAUAGAAGAAGGAAAGAAUUUGAAGGAAGCACUUGUGACUUUGGAAGAAGACUUGCUCAAACUUACAGAUGAGCUGCAGCAAGAAGCACAAUCGGUACCUAAUAUUACACAUCCAGAUGUUCCAGUUGGAGGGGAAGAUUCUUCAACAGUCAGGAAAAUGGUUGGUAAACCUGCAGAGUUUAGCUUUGCUGUUAAAGACCACGUCCAGCUGGGAAAAGAGCUAGAUUUGUUUGAUUUUGACGCUGCUGCUGAGGUCAGUGGGUCCAAAUUCUAUUACUUGAAGAAUGAAGCAGUUACUUUAGAGAUGGCUCUUGUAAACUGGGCAGUUUCAGAAGCCAUGAAACGAGGCUUUACACCUCUGACUACCCCAGAGAUUGUUCGGUCAUCUGUGGUGGAAAAAUGUGGAUUUCAACCCCGUGGAACAAACACUCAGGUUUACUCCAUUGAAAAUAGUGACCAGUGCCUGAUUGGAACCGCUGAGAUUCCAGUAGGUGGAAUACACAUGGAUUCCAUUCUUUCCGAGUCUUCAUUGCCAUUGAAAUAUGUGGCUUUCUCACACUGCUUUCGGACUGAGGCUGGUGCUGCAGGCGCUGCAACAAGGGGACUUUAUCGGGUUCACCAGUUCAGCAAGGUGGAAAUGUUCAUACUGUGCCGACCAGACGAGAGUGAUUCAUACCAUGAAGAACUCAUUGAGAUCGAAGAAGACCUCUUCUCGUCACUAGGAUUUCAUUUCAAGACAUUGGACAUGGCAUCCCAAGAUCUAGGUGCACCAGCUUAUCGUAAGUUUGAUGUGGAGGCCUGGAUGCCAGGGUUGGGCCGUUAUGGUGAGAUAUCAAGUGCAUCAAAUUGUACAGAUUAUCAAAGCCGUCGGCUGGGAAUUAGGUAUCGCCCUGAACCAUCAGCGUCAAGUCCUAAAAAGGGUAAAAACGCAGCUCCAACACAGUUCGUUCACACACUAAAUGCUACAGCAUGUGCAGUUCCACGAAUGAUAGUGUGCUUGCUUGAGAAUUUCCAGCAAGAAGAUGGCUCAGUUAUUAUACCAGAGCCACUGAGGCCUUACAUGGGGGGGCUUCAGAUUAUUAAACCAAAACAUAUACAGAACUAAAACGGGAAGCGAAUUUGAAAUUAGAUACUGUUGUCUGCAUCAUAAUUAUUUUUCCAUCAUCUUUUUAGAAAGUUUUCAAGUGUUCAGUUCGGCAGCACAUUGGACAGACGUUUAAGAUGAGCAAAGUUGAUAAAGUUGAUAAUUCAUUAUCAUUGUAAAUGGCAGAUUUGAUGCUUUUUGAGUU